GCUCUGGGUUCUUCUUCUCCAGGCGCAGCGCCGCCUGGCGAGUUGUGCACGGGCGGGCGGAGCCUGCAGGGGUCUCGGGACGCCCAGGGCUGUCGGGAUUGUCCUCGUGGGUGUCCGCGGUCCGAGGUCGCCGCGCGUCUGUCAUCUCUUUCCUUCGCCCUCCGGGCCCCGGCCGCGGGCAUCCGCCGGGUAGUCCGGGAUCUGUGCGGGGGCGGCGCCGCCUCUUCCUCCGGCCCCGCGGCGGGAAUGCGGCUGCCGUGGCCGGCUGGGCAGCGGGCGGCGGCAGCAAGCGGAACCCGGGCGCACUCGCCACUGGCCGGGACGCCGCCCUGGCCUGCGCUCGGCUCCCGAGGCCGCCGCUGCGCUCCGGGGCCCGGCGCGGAAUGAGGUGGAGGCCGCGCGCCGGCGAGCGCCCCGCUCCGCGGCCCCCAGGUUCCCCGCGGCCACCCGUGCCUCGCGUGCCCCGGCGCCCACGUUAGAGCCCCGCACUGGCAGCGCUUGCCGAGGCACAGGCCCGCAGAGCGCACGCGACCCGACCGGGGUCCCGAUCGCGGGUACUCGCCUCUUGGACGCCGCCCCGGGUGCGGGGACCCCGGCACGCUGCAGCGCGCGGGCCGCGCUCCGCAUCGCAGAGCUCCUCCAGCCUUGCCCGUGGCUUUGGCCUCCACGGAGCCCAGUCUCCCGGCCUCGGUCCACGUUUCUCCGCAUCCUUCCUACACCCUUCCCGCUGCUCCACCGCCUCCCAUUCAUUGCAUCCGUUUCUCCUUCCCGGCUCGGUUCUUCUCCCCACAGCCUCCCCGGCCGGACCCCGCUACCCUCUUGGGGUUCUCCGUACAUUCAUGGAAGUUUAGGGCCUGGACCGUGGCCCAGAGUCUGGCCUGAGAGUGCAGCCCGCGCUGCUGGCAGGGCAGAGGAAGAUGUCUGCGCUCAAGCGGAUGAUGCGGGUCUCCAAUCGCUCCCUGAUCGCCUUCAUCUUCUUCUUCUCCCUCUCCACGUCCUGUCUCUACUUCAUCUAUGUGGCUCCAGGCAUCGCCAACACAUACCUCUUUAUGGUACAAGCUAGAGGUAUCAUGCUGAGAGAGAAUGUGAAAACAAUUGGACACAUGAUCAGGCUGUAUACCAAUAAAAAUACUACGCUCAACGGGACAGAUUAUCCUGAAGGCAAUAAUACAAGUGACUAUCUUGUUCAAACAACAACAUAUCUUCCGCAAAACUUCACGUAUUUACCGCACCUCCCCUGUCCAGAGAAGCUGCCUUAUAUGCGGGGAUUCCUCAGUGUCAAUGUGAGUGAGAUCAGUUUUGAUGAAGUCCAUCAGCUCUUCUCUAAGGACUCAGAGAUUGGGCCAGGAGGUCACUGGACACCCAAGGACUGCAAGCCCAGAUGGAAGGUGGCAGUUCUCAUCCCCUUCCGAAACCGCCAUGAACAUCUUCCAAUUUUUUUCCUGCACCUGAUCCCGAUGCUCCAGAAACAGCGGCUGGAAUUUGCCUUUUAUGUCAUCGAACAGACCGGCACACAACCAUUCAAUCGUGCGAUGCUCUUUAAUGUGGGUUUCAAAGAGGCCAUGAAAGACAGAGCCUGGGAUUGUGUGAUCUUUCACGACGUGGAUCAUCUGCCUGAGAAUGAUCGGAACUAUUACGGAUGUGGUGAGAUGCCCCGGCACUUUGCAGCAAGGCUGGACAAGUACAUGUACAUUCUUCCGUAUAAGGAGUUCUUUGGUGGGGUGAGUGGCCUGACAGUGGAGCAAUUUAGGAAGAUCAACGGCUUUCCCAAUGCCUUCUGGGGAUGGGGAGGCGAGGAUGACGACCUAUGGAACAGAGUUCACUAUGCUGGAUACAAUGUAAGCCGGCCAGAGGGGGAUCUGGGAAAGUACACGUCUAUCCCUCAUCACCAUAGAGGGGAAGUACAGUUUUUAGGACGGUAUAAAUUACUUCGGUAUUCUAAGGAGCGUCAGUACAUUGAUGGAUUGAACAAUUUAUUAUAUACACCCAAAAUACUGGUUGAUAGGCUGUAUACAAAUAUAUCUGUAAACCUCAUGCCAGAGUUAGCUCCAAUUGAAGACUAUUAAAAGAAGUCAUUCUCGUGGUAGGGUAGACCACAGUGCUGAAUCAUGAACUUGGCUUGGAGCGCCCUCACCAUGAAAGUUAGAGAUCGGUGUAUGUCUCAGUGUCCUGGUCUGUAAAAAGAGCCAGCAGUCCUUAAUGUUUACAGCGCGGGCUCCAUCUCUUCCCCGCUGGGAGCAUCCCCCAUGCAAGCACUGUAGCUAUAAGAACCCAUUGCUUGGGAUUGGAAGCGAAGAAAACUCCAUACACAGAGAAGAUUUUUAUACUGAAAUCUAUAAUUUAAUUCAAGAGAAUGCUUUUAUUUCCGUUCAAACAUAUUUUGUACAUAUGUGAUGUAAAUUAAAUGUGUUCAAAUUGUUGGAAAAUAAGAUGUCACAGUUUUGCAUGUAAUUGGUUAUGCCUUCAUUGAACUUUUAUAGACAUUUUUUAUUUGCAUGGGGAAAAAAAUGUAAAUUUAUGUCACCAAACAAAGGUUAAGCCUCCUGUGAAAUGAAGGGACUGUCAGCGGCGGACAAAAGAUAAUAUAGUAACUGUUCUGUUGUACUGGUAUUCAGCUUUAGACCUUCAGCCUUGUGGGAGGUGGUGCAGUCCUCUGAGGGCUUUGAAGGAAGGAAGGAGAGAAGGACUUGCAUAGCUUUUCUUCCUGACAGGAUUACCUGUUUUGUUUUGUUUUUUUUUUUUUUUUUUCCUUGCUUGCAGUCUCAUCAGAUCUUGCCAAGUCAACAGCCAUAUUGUUUAUGCACACUGCAUGAGUAUACCAAGAAAAUCUUCAAAGUUGUAAAGUGACAUGCUGUACAGGACCCUUCAUGUUAGAUGUCUCUAUGUACCUCCGCCAUGUCAGGGAUCUUGUGCCUCAAAAAGAAAAAAACAUGUUCCCAAGGUUGUGUUUAUACAUGAUAUAUAUUUUUUUCCAAUCUCAUAAUGAACGACAUUAUUAUUUCCACCUUGGAAGAACCAAAAGAAGGUAUCUUCUUUUAAAAGCAUUUUUUUUUUUUUAAAGAAUGAAUUUGUGGAAAAUCCAGUAGUGCUUAUACAGAUGAAUUAUACUAUUAGAUGAAAAAUUAGAUGCUCUAUUUUUAUGAAGAUAAAUGCUUAGAUUAAAACAAACUUCAACCUUAAUUCUUAGACGUACAUGGUUCCCUUUUACAUCAGCCAGUCAUUGCUUUUUUCCACUUCCAAGAAAUCUCUGGUGUUAUUUAUUUUUUUUCACAAGUAUAAUUUAAUCCACACUCCACCCCCCACUGCCUCCCCACUGCCGCCUCCCCAUGGUGCUGGGCCUAUAGACUUACCUUAAAAUCAGAUAAUUGAAUGUGCGGAUGCUGUGACUUCUGAACUAGAUCUUACUACUUAACGCCAAGUCUGCUCAUCCGCCACACUUGGGUGAAGUUUUCGAUGACCAAACAGCAACAAAGCCCAAACAGUGUUCUUACUUUGAAAAUUUCAGUUAUAAAAAUUCCUGAAAAAAAAAAAAAAGCUUAUAACCUUAUGUAAGAUCUUAUCUCCCAUAUUUAAACAAAUUUAAAACAAUAUCAUCAAUCUGUCAAGUGAAUCCUCCCCAAGAGCGAGAGACUUCUGAAUAUGAGAAAGUUUGCUCCCCUUGUCGAACGUUGAGAGCUUAGCUCGCAGUUGUCGUUGUCUGUCAUAGUUUUGGUAAUGCUGAUGGCCACAAGUCAAACCCUACAGUAACUAAAAUCCUUACACCAGAGAAGACAGACACCCUCUUUGUCGUGGCAGCAGUCUUUCUGUGUUUAUUCUUAGAAGUGCUUCUAAAAUAUUUACCUCCUAACUUUUUUGGCUACUCAAAAAACUGAAAAAGUGAAAUCACAGCUUCUGGAGAUGAAGAUUUUUGUAUGUCAUCAGCUUAUUUUCUGUCUCUUGUGACUAAUGAAGUGUUUAAUUCGACAGAAUGACAGCAGAAUGUAAUGUUGAGCCUUGUAAGACAAGGACUCUGGGCAUGUGAAGAACCCAGUGCUGGUCCCUCCUCGCAGUGCUGUGGAAAGUGGCACCACGUGGAAUCUUAUUGGGGGAAACACACUUUAUGUGACGGGCUGUCCACAGUGGGAUGCCUUUCGCAUUGAUACCUAGUUCACAGUUUUAGGAAAAUUCAGAACUGGUCAUCUGCCUUAGUCUCUUAGGUUAAGUCUGGCAUUGAUAUGGCUUCGGGGGUUGCAUGUAAGUUUGCUAUGGUUUCCUGUUAAGUAUGUCAGCUCAUGAGAACUGCCUUUUCUCAUUCAGACCUGGAAUUCUUUUUAGUAAUGAAUAAUGACCUGUAUGUUCCCACAAAUGACAGUUUUGCCUGGUUGCCAUGAUCACAUGACAAUAAAUCUCUUCCUUACAUAUUAGCACAAGCAGACAAUCUGAUAGAAUCCAAUCUGUUUGGUGGCUUCGAACUGGGUGUCUGUCCCCCAUCUGCUGCCUUGCUAACUGGUAUUUAAAGGUGGUUUUUGUUUUGUUUUUUCCCUAAACAAGUCAAAUCAAGAAAGUUGAAACUUAUCUGAAAUUAGGAAGAACACCCUCUGGUAACUUAUCUAUUAGUUGUCUUAGUCUCAAAUCCAGUGUGGUCACAGAUCCUGGGAGGUCCUUGUGGCAUUGGGGAAAUGAUGUGGUGCCUUUGAACUAAAGAAAGAAAUUAAGGCUGAUGGGCUAUUUAUCAAAGAAAGGGAGAAAGUUCCCACGUUCAUUGUAACAUUCUAUCUGAUUUUCAAUGAAGUUGUCAUUUAAUUAUUUGCCAAAACUAGGGUUUUAAUGAGGUGGCUUCCCCAGCUACCUUUUUAUAGUUAUUUUCUGUUAUAGACUUUUGAGAUGGCUCAGGGUGUAAAGGUACCUGCACCAAGUGUGACAACCUAUAUUUGAUCCCUGGGACCCACACUGUAGAAGGAGAGACCUACCCUUGCACAGUAUUCUUAUACUUCCAUAUGUGUGGUGAGCACACAUAUGUAUGCACACACAGAAGCAGACAUGCACACACAUGCGCAAACACACACGCAAAGUUAAAAGGUAGUUAAGAGUUAAAUUUCUGUUUUAUAGAAAGGUAUUCAGGAAGAAAAUAUUUAUGAAAUUUAAGUACAAAAUUAUUAACAAUUUUUAUUCCAGCCAAUCAAUGGUGGUAUAUGCCUUUUAAUCCUAGCUCUCCAGAAACAGAGGCAGGUUCUCUGAGUUCAAGGCCAACCUGGUCUACAAAAUGAGUUGCAAGACAAGCUACAAAGAGAAACCCUGUCUCAAAAACAAAACAAAAAACUCCUAUUCCAGUUGAUACUGAAAACCAUUGUAAAAGAAGAUAGAAGUGUUAUGGAUACAAUAUUGUCCCUUUGGAGACUCCCUGGGGAGAAGCAGAUUUUUGUGUCAUUGUAUCUGUCCUGUUUCUUUAUUUACCUUUCAGAUAAAUAACACUCUAGAUUUCUUGCCUUGGGUUUGCAGAUUUGUUAUUUGAGAAGCAAACGGUCACAGUGUUUUUGGAAAGUGGAAGUGUACUUAAAAUUAUUUAUUAUGAUAUGGAAUACUUCUAUGUAAGUGCAUUGACGUAAAUGCUAGUGAUUUCUUGCUGUCUUUUUUUUUUCCUUGUUUUGCUUCUCAUGGAAAUGUUUGUACUUUUUUUAUCAUUGUCUUUUAUGAAAUAUAAUGUUCUAAAGACUUG